CAAAACUUCAAACCAAAGAAAAAAAUAUGGGAGAGGAAGAGAAGAAACCAGAAGCAGCAGAGGAAAAGAAAAUGGAAGAGAAGAAACCAGAAGAAGAGAAAAAAGGAGAGGAAAAGAAAGUGGAGGCUGAGAAAAAAGGAGAAGAUUCUGACAAGAAACCUCAAGAAUCUAACAAAGAUUCCAAAGAAGAUUCUGCUCCCGCGCCGCCGGAGGCUCCAGCACCUCCUCCUCCGCCGCAAGAGAUUGUUCUUAAGGUUUACAUGCACUGUGAAGGAUGUGCUAGAAAAGUCCGCCGUUGUCUCAAAGGCUUCGAAGGAGUGGAAGAUGUGAUGACUGAUUGUAAAACGGGGAAAGUGGUGGUGAAAGGUGAGAAAGCUGAUCCAUUGAAAGUAUUAGCUAGAGUUCAGAGGAAGACCCACCGUCAAGUUCAGCUUCUGUCUCCGAUUCCUCCGCCGCCUCCGCCCCCGGAGAAGAAAGCAGAGGAGGAGAAACCCAUUGUGGAAGAGAAGAAAGUGGAGCCUCCGGUGGUUGUGACGGUGGUUCUUAAGGUUCACAUGCACUGUGAAGCUUGUGCGACAGAGAUCAAGAAACGGAUCAUGAGAAUGAAAGGAGUGGAAUCUGCUGAAUCCGACUUAAAGAGUUCUCAAGUAACGGUGAAAGGAGUGCUUGAACCACAAAAGCUUGUAGAGUACGUUUAUAAGCGAACCGGAAAACACGCUGCGAUCAUGAAAAUCGACCCACCGCCCCCACCACCACCUGAGGAGUCGGCAGCAGAAGGAGAGAAGAAGGAAGAAGGAAAGGGAGAAAACGGAGGAGGAGAAUCCAAAGGCGAAGAAGGGAAGGACGAAAAGGCGAAGACGGACGAAGAAAAGAAAGAAGGGGAUGGCGGUAAAGGGGAAGGCGAAGCAGCGGAAAAUGGCGGUGGGGAGGAAGAGGGAAAAGUUGUGGAGGUGAGAAAGAUAGAGAAUCCUUAUUACUACUACUAUUACCAACCACCGCGUGUGGCAGUUCCGCCUAUGGAAAUGCCGCCACACGCUUAUCCGCCUCAAUUAUUCAGUGACGAGAAUCCAAAUGCAUGUACCGUAAUGUAACAAAGAAAAACGCAAACGCUAUAAUGGGUAUAAUGGGAAAUAUUCUGAACAAUUUUGAUGAAGUGGGUACAUGGCCUUUGCUGUCUCUCUUAGCAUGUGGUUUUCUUUCUAAUGUGUUUGGGCAGCUCUUUUUCUUUUAAUUGUAAUGUACAUUAAAAAAAAAACUCGAAAAUUAUGAGUUGUUUUUAAUGGCUAUAAGCAAUAAAAUAAAUCAAAUUUACUGUA